AUGAAAGUCUUGGACUGGAAUCACUGCCAGCCCAGGGAGCAGCAAAAGCUGAAAGAGGAGCGUGAGGCUAAGAGAGCUCAGCUGGAUGGCAGACAUGACUACGUCCUCAGCAUCGUGGCUUCCUGCCUGGGCCUGGAGAAGGCUGACGUGGAGGAUGCCAUUCUGGAGGGAACUCAGAUUGAGCGCAUGGAGCAGUUCUUUGUGGCUGAGGGACUUCCUCAUAUCAUGUUCUACUAUCAGGAUGUGGAGCCAGCUGAAGCAGCAGCAGCAUCAGCAGCAGCAGCAGCUGUCUUGGCCCCCAACCGGAGUAAGAAGGCCAAGGUGUUUGUCACUGAGGGCAAAGAUGUGGCUCUGACUGGUGUCUGUGUGUUCUUCACAAGAGCCAACCCCUCCAAGGCUAUCACUUCUGAGAAUGUGCACAGGGAGGUGAAUUUCAACAUGCUGGACACCACAGAGGUAGGCCUGCUUAAAAGUGUGGAGCAGCUGCUGUCUGAGAUCUUCAUACCCAGCCUGAAGAAGAUGGACCAUGGCUGGGGAGAGCUGGCCAGUCCACAGGCCCAGUCAGUUAAACAGGACUUCAUCAGCUCACUGGACAACUUUGUGUCUGUGCUGGCCGGGGCACAGGAGAGCCUGCAGGAGAAGGUGAAUCUAAAAGUGUGUGACGAAUUUGACCUGAAGACACUGAAAGGCCCGUCUGACUACAUUGCUGUGGCUAACAACACAGAGACAACAGAGAAGAUAGAGGCCUGUAUGAAAGUGUGGAUCAAACAGAUCGAACAGGUGCUGGCGGAGAGUGACCAGCUGAGGAAGGAGGCAGAUGACCUGGGGCCGCGGGCCGAGCUGGACCACUGGAAGAAACGCAUGUCCCGCUUCAACUACCUCCUGGACCAGCUCAAGAGCCCCGAUGUCAAGGCUGUCCUGGGCGUUCUCAUGAUGGCCAAGUCAAAACUCAUCAAGUCCUGGCGAGAGCUGGACACCAGGAUCACUGACUCAGCCAACGAGGCCAAGGACAAUGUYAAGUACCUCUACACUCUGGAGAAGUUCUGUGACCCGCUCUACAACAGUGACCCUGAGUACCAGAAGUGCUCCAAAGACCAAGGAGAAGCUGGAGCAGAGUCCCUCCGAGGCAGUUUGAUUUCAGUGAGAUGUACAUCUUUGGGAAGUUUGAGACGCUUCCAACGACGCCUCUAUAAGAUCCUCACCAAUAUGUUCAGCACCAUCACUACCUACUCAGCCCUACAAGACUCCAAGAUAGAAGGCCUGGAAACUAUGGCAACCACGUUUCAGACUGCAGAAAUGCAAGGGACAUGGGAGAGCAUUGUAUUGAGCAUGAAGAAAAAGCACUACAGUUUCCUUGACCAGAGAAGAACAGACUUUGAUCAGGACUAUGAUGAGUUUUGUAAAAAUACCACUGACUUGCAUAAUCAGCUGAAGACCUUCAUGGAUAACACAUUCGAUAAGAUUCAAAACACAGAGAGGGCUUUGAAUGUACUGAAGAAAUGUGAAAGACUGGGCAUUCCAGACCUGGGCAUCGAUGAGAAGUACCAGCAGAUCCUUCAGAACUAUGGGAGAGACAUAGAGAUGGUGUCCCGUAACUACACCAAGCAGAAGAUGGAUCCUCCCAUUGGCCGGGACCUGCCCCCGGUAGCCGGUAAGAUCCUGUGGGCCCGCCAGCUGUAUCGGAGGAUCCAGGAACCCAUGGAUCUGUUUCAGGAACCCCCUGGGGUGCUGGCUACACCCGAGGCCAAACGCAUCAUCAGGAACUACAACAGGGUGGCCAGGGUGCUGCUAGAGUUUGAGAUGCUCUACCACAGUGGAUGGAUGAAGCAGAUCGAGGAGGUCAGACUGGGCCUCCAGGCCUCUUUACUGGUGAAAUGUCCCGAUACGGGGGACCUGUUUGUCAACUUUGACCCCCAGAUCCUGACUCAGAUUAGGGAGACAGACUGCAUGACCAGGAUGAGGCUGGAGAUUCCUCCCUUCGCAGCCAUCUUACAGCAGAAACAAGAUGCCCUCAAGAAGAACUACAACAAGCUGCAGCUGGUUCUGACAGAGAAUGCCAGGGUCCGGGCUAAGAUCCAGAGUGCCUUUGGGCAACUGGUGAUGCCUCAUGUUGCUAAGGUAGACGAAGCCAUUCUGCCAGGCCUGACCUCCCUCAACUGGACCUCACUGAACAUCGAGAAAUACCUCAGCCGCAUCAACAGUGCUCUCAUGGACCUGGAGCUGCUGAUGGACAGAGUGAAUGACCUGGUGGAGUUCAGGAUAGACGCUGUGCUGCAGGAGAUGAGUGGAGCCACACUGUGGGUUCUGCCCCUGGGGGAACCUUUCAGCUGUGAAGAGUUCGUUCAGACCACCAGGGAGCUGUGUAUAAAGGGAGCUCAGAGUCUCCACGCCAAGAGUUCCUUGGUGGAGGAGGCAACCAAUGAGCUCAUCAACAUGCUGCUGGAGUUUGAGCUGAACAAGGAGGGGGAGGAGGAAUUGCUAGAGGAGAGCAGGACUAAUAUGGACCUAGUGGAGAGUGAAGGGGAGGAGGAGGGUAAGUCAGAGGGUCGCAUCAACCUGCUGUCUCGUAACACCACGGCAGCGAGCACCACGGGCCCCCCGUCUCCCCUGGUGAAGAGGAAGAAGAAGAAAGACCUGCUGGAGGUGAUGGAGGAGGAGGCUGAAGAGCUUCUGUCCCACUUCAACCACCGUAACGUGGACGCCCUGCUGAGGCUCACACGCAACACCCUGGAGACCCUCCGCAAACGCCUCCACGCCUCCUCACUACUGCACUUCCUGACAGAGAGUGAUUCCCCCAGCCGUCUGAAGGGCAGUGGUCAGCAGCCUAUCUUCAGGACCAGUGUGACCCUGUCCAUCCCCAACAUCGCCAUGGUCCCAGCCCUGGAUGAGGUCCAGCAGGCUCUGAACCGGGCUGUGGAGAGUGUGGUCAGUGUCAGCAAAGGAGUCGGCCAGUGGAGCAAGGAGAGGAUCUCCAAGAGGAAGAUGAGUGAGAGACGCAUGGCUGCUCUGAGACCGGACAAGAGUGACAGUGAGUCAGAGGACGGAGAGACCACCUACAGGAGCCUGGCUGAUGGCAGUACCUCAGACAUCUCCGCCUCUGUGAUCCAGGCUAUACCUUUCCAGGCCAGGAACUACUACAAGAGUGUGUCUGAGAACAAGGAGAUCAUCAAGCUGGUGUCUGUGCUCAGCACCUCCAUCAACUCUACCAAGAAGGAGGUGAUGAAUGCUCUGGACCGCUUCAGUCGUUACCACCACAUCUGGAGGAAGGAGCGAGAGGACACCAUCCAGAAGUUCAGCCAGGGCAGCCCUCUGCUGUCUGAGUUUGAGUCUCAGAUCCUCUACUACAAAGACCUGGAACUGGAGAUCAACGCUGAGCCUGAGUACAUCACUGUGGGAGCUCUGGCCCUCUAUACAGCUGACCUGAAGAUGGCCCUGACUGCGGAGACUAAGAGCUGGAUGGUGGACUARGGCCUGCACUGUAACAGGAAGUACCGGACAGAUAUGGAGAACAUCUUCACGUUAGUGGAUGAGGCGGCAAAGAAACUGAACCGACCAAUCAAAGACUUGGACGACAUCCGCAUCGCCAUGGCAUCGCUGAAGGAGAUCAGAGAGCAGCAGAUCUCCAUUGACUUCCAUGUGGGACCCAUAGAGGAGUCCUAUUCCAUGCUCCAUAAGUAUGGCCUGGUAGUGGCGAAGGAGGAGGCAGAGAAGGUGGACACGCUGCGCUACACCUGGGAGAAGCUGCUAGCCCGCAGCACAGAGGUUCAAAGACUGGUGUCCCUGCAGCCCAACUUCAGAGGAGAGCUCAUAGACAACGUGCCGUUUGUGGAGGACUGUGGACACUUCUAUCAGGACUAUGACAAGGACGGUCCCAUGGUUGUUGGACUGGCUCCCCAAGACGCUAGUGACAGACUCAUCAUGUUUCAGAUCANCUUUGACAACCUGUUCCGUAAGUACAUCACCUACACUGGUGGAGAGGAGCUGUUUGGCCUGCCUGUGACCCAACACCCUCAGCUGCUGGAGAUCAGGAGACAGCUCACCCUCCUCCAGAAGCUCUAUGGACUCUACAACAGUGUCAUCGACACCGUCAACGGCUACUAUGACAUCCUCUGGGCCGACAUCCACAUAGACAGGAUCAAUAACGAACUUCUUGACUUCCAGACGCGUUGUCGCAAGCUGCCCCGUGCCCUCAAAGAGUGGAAGGCAUUCCUUGACCUGAAGAAAAAUAUAGAUGAUUUCAACGAGUGUUGCCCCCUACUAGAACUGAUGACCAACAAGUCCAUGAUGACGCGUCACUGGAAGAGAAUCGCCGAGGUGACAGGACACAGCUUCGAGGUGGAGACGGACACUUUCAAGCUGCGCAACAUCAUGGAAGCUCCCCUCCUCAAAUGCAAAGAGGAAAUUGAGGAUAUUUGCAUCAGUGCGGUGAAGGAGAGGGACAUUGAGCAGAAGCUGAAGCAGGUGAUUGCUGAGUGGGACAACAAGACGUUCACCUUCGCCAACUUCAAGACGCGAGGGGAGCUGCUGCUGAGGGGCGACAGCACUGCUGAGAUCAUUACUAACAUGGAUGACAGCCUCAUGGUGCUGGGAUCACUCAUGAGUAACAGGUACAACACGCCAUUCAAGGCCCAGAUCCAGAAAUGGGUUCAGAACCUUUCCAAUACCACUGACAUCAUAGAGAACUGGAUGACUGUCCAGAACCUGUGGAUCUACCUCGAGGCUGUGUUCGUGGGAGGGGACAUAGCCAAACAGCUACCCAAGGAGGCGAAACGUUUCUCCAACAUCGACAAGUCCUGGGUGAAGAUCAUGACGCGGGCCCAUGAGAUGCCCAACGUGGUGCAGUCAUGUGUGGGGGACGAGACCAUGGGACAGCUGUUGCCUCACCUGCUGGAACAACUGGAGAUCUGUCAGAAGUCUCUCACCGGGUACUUGGAGAAGAAGCGUCUGCUGUUCCCUCGGUUCUUCUUUGUGUCUGACCCGGCCCUGCUGGAGAUACUGGGCCAAGCCUCAGACUCCCACACCAUCCAGGCCCACCUGCUCAACGUCUUUGACAACAUUAAAUGUGUCCGCUUUCAUGACAAGAUGUACGACCGGAUCCUGGCCAUCUCGUCCAGGGAGGGGGAGACGGUAGAGCUGGAUCGGCCGGUGACGGCGGAGGGGAACGUGGAGGUCUGGCUCAACGCCCUGCUGAAGGAAUCCCAGAGGUCUCUUCAUCUGGUCAUCAGACAGGCUGUCCUGGCCAUCCAGGACUCAGGCGUCCAGCUCAUUGAGUUCCUGGACACUUUCCCUGCUCAGGUUGGUCUGCUGGGAGUCCAGAUGAUCUGGACCAGAGACUCAGAGGAGGCCCUGACCAACGCCCGCUARGACCGUAAGAUCAUGCCCAAGACCAACCAGUUCUUCCUGGAGCUUCUCAACACCCUGAUAGACAUGACCACUAAAGACCUGGCCUCAAUGGAGCGGGCCAAGUAUGAGACACUCAUAACCAUCCAUGUUCACCAGAGGGACAUCUUUGAUGACCUGUGUCGGCUGCAUAUCAAAAGCCCUACAGAGUUUGAGUGGCGGAAGCAGUGUCGUUUCUACUUCAAUGAGGACUCUGACAAGAUGAUCAUCAACAUCACUGACGUUGGCUUCAUCUAUCAGAAUGAGUUCCUGGGCUGCACUGACAGACUGGUCAUCACCCCUCUGACUGACAGUCCAUGUUGGGUUCACUCUGUUUUUAAGGUGCAUUAUGACUUUGGACUGCGAAACAUUUUGUCAGUUCUGCGGACACUGGGGGCGGUGAAACGAGCGAACCCCAACGACACAGAAUCUACCAUCGUCAUGAGGGUUCUCAGAGAUAUGAACCUGUCCAAGCUGAUAGAUGAAGAUGAACCGUUGUUCCUCAGCCUGAUAGAGGACCUCUUCCCUGGGAUCCAGCUGGAUAAAGCAGGCUACUCAGAGCUGGAGACAGCUAUCYACAAACAGGUGGCAGAGGCAGGUCUGAUCAGCCACCCUCCAUGGAAGCUGAGGUGAUUCAGCUGUUUGAGACCAGAGGGUCCGCCAUGGCAGAUGGCCCUGGGCCCGCGGAGCAGGAAAAAACACUGCAUUCACACCCUGAUGAGAGCCAUGACAGACUGCGGCCAGCCACACAGAGAGAUGCGUAUGAACCCCAAAGCGAUCACCGCCCCUCAGAUGUUUGGCCGUCUAGAUGCAGCUACCAAUGACUGGACUGACGGCAUCUUCUCUACCCUGUGGAGGAAGACCCUGAGAGCCAAGAAAGGGGAGCACAUCUGGAUAGUACUAGAUGGACCAGUAGAUGCUAUCUGGAUAGAGAACCUCAACUCUGUACUGGAUGACAACAGGACUCUGACCCUGGCCAAUGGAGACAGGAUCCCCAUGGCUCCCAACUGCAAGAUCGUGUUUGAGCCCCACAACAUCGACAACGCCUCGCCUGCCACCGUGUCUCGUAACGGAAUGGUGUUCAUGAGCUCUUCUGUGCUCAACUGGAGCCCCAUUCUGGAGGGCUGGCUGAAGAAGCGUUCCCGUCAGGAGGGAGAGGUGCUGAGAGYGCUGUUCUCCUCUUCCUUCCCCGAGCUCUACCAGUUCACUGUUCGCUGUCUGGAGUACAAGAUCGACAUGCUGGAGGCCUUCGUCAUCAUGCAAAGCAUCAACAUGCUGCAGGGCCUCAUCCCCGCCAAGGAGCAGUGUGGGGAGGUGUCCAGGCAGCAUGUGGAGCGUCUCUAUGUGUUUGCUCUCAUGUGGAGRAUCGGAGCUUUACUGGAGCUGGAAGACAGGAGGAAGAUGGAGAGUUGGCUCCGUGGAAACGACAACAUCCAUCUGGACCUCCCAGAUAUACCAUCAGACAGCGAGGACACCAUGUUCGACUACCACGUCACUACAGACGGUCAGUGGAUCCACUGGAACACACGGGUAGAGGAGUACGUCUACCCAUCAGACCUCACCCCAGAGUACGGAUCCAUCCUGGUCCCCAACGUAGACAAUGUCCGCACUGACUUCCUCAUCCAGACCAUCGCCAAACAGGGCAAGGCUGUGUUGUUGAUCGGAGAGCAAGGCACAGCCAAGACCGUCAUCAUCAAGGGAUACAUGUCAAAGUACGACCCCGAAACUCACAUGGCCAAGAGUCUCAACUUCUCCUCCGCCACAACUCCACUCAUGUUCCAGCGAACUGUGGAAAGCUAUGUGGACAAGCGGAUGGGCACCACCUACGGCCCUCCUGCAGGGAAGAAGAUGUCCGUCUUUGUGGACGACAUCAACAUGCCAGUCAUCAACGAAUGGGGAGAUCAGGUCACCAAUGAGAUAAUCCGCCAGCUGAUGGAACAGAAUGGGUUCUUCAAUCUGGAGAAGCCGGGGGAGUUCACCAAUAUAGUGGACAUCCAGUUCCUGGCAGCGAUGAUCCACCCAGGGGGAGGCCGCAACGACAUCCCCCAGAGACUGAAGAGGCAGUUCUCCAUCUUCAACAGAGAGAGAUCACCAGAGGAUACAGACUUUGAGAUGCCCAAGGUGUAUGAGCCCAUCGAGUCGCUUAAGAGCCUAAUGGACAGGCUCAACAUGUURCUUGGCCAGUACAACGAGAGCAUCAGAGGAGCUGGCAUGGACAUGGUGUUCUUCAGAGAUGCUAUGAUACACCUUGUCAAGAUCUCCAGGAUCAUCCGCACCCCCAGAGGGAAUGCCCUUCUAGUAGGAGUGGGGGGAUCAGGCAAGCAGAGCCUGACUAAACUGMCUUCCUUCAUCGCCGGCUACAAGACCUUUCAGAUCACACUAACACGUUCGUACAACACUGCUAACCUGAUGGAGGAUCUGAAGGGUCUGUACAGGACAGCAGGCCAGCAGGGAAGAGGCAUCAGCUUCAUCUUCACUGAUAACGAGAUCAAGGACGAGUCUUUCCUGGAGUACAUGAAUAAUGUGUUAUCAUCAGGAGAGGUGUCGAACUUGUUUGCUCGAGACGAAAUUGACGAGAUCAUCAGUGACCUCGCACCAGUCAUGAAAAGAGAGUUUCCUCGGCGACCACCAACCAAUGAGAACCUCCAUGACUAUUUCAUGAGCAGGGUCAGACAGAACCUACACGUGGUUCUCUGCUUCUCUCCUGUUGGGGAAAAGUUCCGGAACAGAGCCCUGAAGUUCCCUGCCCUCAUCUCCGGCUGCACCAUGGACUGGUUCAGCCGCUGGCCCAAAGAUGCUCUGAUCGCAGUGUCAGAGCACUUCCUGUCCACCUAUAACAUCGACUGUUCGACCGUGGUGAAGGGGGAGGUGGUGUUGAAGGUGGUGACAGUGAAGGCCCAGGCAGCAGAGAAAGUCAGGUGGAGGUCCAGAAGGUCAAGGAUAAGGCUAGGCCAUGCCAUAGUGGACAGCAUCUCUGCMGACAAGGCCUUCGCUGAGGAGAAGCUGGAGGCUGCCAAGCCAGCCCUGGAGGAGGCUGAGGGUGCACUACAGACCAUCAAGCCGUCGGACAUUGCCACGGUGCGGACCCUGGGUCGYCCUCCCCACCUCAUCAUGAGGAUCAUGGACUGUGUUCUGCUGCUGUUCCAGAGGAGGGUGAACACGGUGAAGAUCGACCCGGAGAAGAACUGCACCAUGCCCUCCUGGCAGGAGUCCCUCAAACUCAUGACUGCUGGGAACUUCCUGGGCAGUCUGCAGCAAUUCCCCAAAGACAGUAUCAAUGAGGAGAUGGUGGAGCUACUGCUGCCCUACUUCGACAUGCCAGACUACACKCUGGAGACGGCCAAGCGCGUGUGUGGAAACGUGGCUGGUCUGGCCUCCUGGACCAAAGCCAUGGCCUCCUUCUUCUCCAUCAACAAGGAGGUGCUCCCAUUAAAGGCUAACCUGGCAGUGCAGCAGAACCGGCUGGCCAUGGCCAACAUAGACCUGCAGGCGGCCCAGGCAGAGUUGGAUGACAAGCAGGCAGAGCUGGAUGUGGUCCAAGCAGAGUAUGAGAAGGCCAUGKUGGAGAAACAGACACUGUUGGAGGAUGCUGAACGCUGCAGACACAAGAUGCAGACGGCCUCUAGCCUCAUCAGUGGUCUGGCUGGAGAGAAYGAGCGCUGGACAGAGCAGAGCAAAGAGUUUGCCGCCCAGACCAAGCGCCUUGUAGGUGACGUCUUAUUGGCCACAGCCUUUCUGUCCUACUCCGGCCCCUUCAACCAGGAGUUCCGGAACCUUCUCCUGACCGACUGGCAGAGGGAGAUGAAGACCAGACACAUCCCGUUCGGGAACAACCUCAACCUGACCGAGAUGCUGAUCGACGCACCUACAGUCAGCGAGUGGAACCUUCAGGGCCUGCCCAACGAUGACCUAUCCAUCCAGAACGGGAUCAUCAUCACCAAGGCCUCACGCUUCCCUCUCCUCAUAGACCCUCAGACCCAGGGCAAGAUCUGGAUAAAAAAUAAAGAAUCCAGGAAUGAGCUGCAGAUCACCUCCRUGAACCACAAGUACUUCAGGAACCACCUGGAGGACAGCCUGUCUCUGGGGCGCCCCCUACUGAUCGAGGACGUAGGUGAAGAGCUGGACCCGGCACUGGACAACGUACUGGAGAAAAACUUCAUCAAGACGGGCUCCACUUAUAAGUGAAAGUGGGAGACAAAGGAGGUGGAUGUGAUGGGGUUCCGUCUUUAUGUGACCACUAAGCUCCCCAACCCUGCGUACACCCCAGAGAUCAGCGCCCGCACCUCAAUCAUAGACUUCACUGUCAAUGAGGGUCUGGAGGACCAGCCUGGACGGGUCAUCCUCACUGAGAAACAGGAGUGGAGAAGGAGCGCACAACCUGCUGAAGAUGUAACGGCCAACAAGAGGAAGAUGAAAGAGCUGGAGGACAACCUGCUGUAUCGUCUGACCUCUACCCAGGUCCUGGUGGACGACGAGAGCCUCAUCAUCGUCCUGGGCAACACCAAGCGCACCGCCGACGUCACACAGAAACUACAGAUCUCAGCCGAGACCGAGAUCCAGAUCAACACCGCUAGAGAGGAAUACAGACCUGUGGCCACCAGAGGCAGCAUCCUGUACUUCCUCAUCACUGAGAUGUCUAUGGUUAACGUCAUGUACCAAACGUCACUACGACAGUUCUUGGGAAUCUUUGACCUCUCUCUGGCCAGAUCAACCAAAAGUCAAAUUACCAGCAAGCGAAUAGCGAACGUAAUUGAGCACAUGACCUUUGAGGUGCACAAGUAUGCAGCCAGGGGUCUGUAUGAGGAGCACAAAUUCCUGUUUACCCUCCUGCUGACGCUGAAGAUCGACAUGCAGAGUAACCGCGUGAAACACGCUGAGUUCCUCACCCUCAUUAAAGGAGGUGCCUCUCUGGAUCUGAAGGCUUGCCCCCAUAAGCCUGCCAAGUGGAUCUUAGACAUGACUUGGCUCAAUCUGGUGGAGCUCAGUAAACUGUGGCAGUUCUCUAAUAUCCUUAAUCAGAUCUGUUGUAAUGAGAAGCAGUGGAAGGCAUGGUUUGAUAAGGAGGCCCCUGAGGAGGAGGUGAUCCCUAAUGCAUAUGACCAGAGCCUGGACUGUUUCCACCGCCUGCUGCUCAUACGCUCCUGGUGCCCAGACAGGACCAUCGCACAGGCCCGUAAGUACAUCAUGGACUCGAUGGGAGAGAAGUAUGCAGAGGGAGUGAUCCUGGACCUAGAGAAGACGUGGGAGGAGUCAGACCCCCGGYCCCCGCUCAUCUGCUUCCUGUCCAUGGGCUCAGACCCCACCGACUCCAUCAUCGUCCUGGGGAAGAGGCUGAAGAUAGAGACUCGCUAUGUCUCCAUGGGCCAGGGACAGGAGGUCCACGCACGCAAGCUGCUCCAGCAGACCAUGGCCAACGGUGGCUGGGCCUUGCUCCAGAACUGCCACCUGGGCCUGGACUUCAUGGAUGAGCUGAUGGAUACUGUGACAGAGACAGACGCCGUCCAUGAGACCUUCCGCCUGUGGAUUACUACAGAGGUCCACAAACACUUUCCCAUCACACUGCUGCAGAUGUCCAACAAGUUCACUAAUGAGCCUCCACAGGGACUGAAGGCAGGGCUGAAGAGGACUUAUGGAGGCAUUAACCAGGACCUGCUGGAUGUCAGUAACAUGGUCCAGUGGAGGCCCAUGCUGUAUGGGGUGGUGUUCCUCCACUCUACGGUCCAGGAGAGGCGUAAAUACGGCCCCCUGGGCUGGAACAUCCCCUACGAGUUCAACCAGGCUGACUUCAACGCCACUGUGCAGUUUGUUCAGAACCACCUGGARGACAUGGACAUCAAGAAGGGUGUAUCCUGGAAUACAGUGCGCUACAUGAUCGGGGAGAUCCAGUAUGGCGGUAGGGUGACAGACGACUAUGACAAGCGUCUGCUCAACACCUUCGCCAAGGUCUGGUUCAGUGAAAACAUGUUUGGACCUGACUUCUAUUUCUACAAAGGCUACAGCAUUCCCAAGUGUWCCAACGUGGACCAAUAUCUGACAUACAUUCAGGGCCUACCGGCUUACGACACUCCAGAGGUGUUUGGCCUGCACCCCAAUGCUGACAUAACGUARCAGAGCAAGCUGGCCAAAGACGUCCUGGACACCAUCCUGUCCAUCCAGCCUAAGGACAGCUCCAGUGGCGGAGGGGAGACCAGGGAGGCCAUUGUGGCCAGGCUAGCUGACGACAUGCUGGAGAAACUACCUCCAGACUACGUACCGUUUGAAGUGAGAGAGAGGCUACAGAAGAUGGGUCUGCUCCAGCCCAUGAACAUCUUCCUGCGUCAGGAGAUAGACCGCAUGCAGAGGGUCAUCGUGCUGGUCAGGAACACGCUGACCGACCUCAAACUGGCCAUCGACGGCACCAUCAUCAUGAGUGAGAACCUACGGGACGCGCUGGACUGCAUGUAUGACGCACGCAUCCCCUCACGUUGGAAGAAGGCGUCAUGGGCCUCCAGCACUCUAGGGUUCUGGUUUACUGAGUUGCUGGAUAGGAACCGUCAGUUCCAGGCGUGGAUCUUUGAAGGACGGCCCAACUGUUUCUGGAUGACAGGGUUCUUUAACCCACAGGGCUUCCUGACCGCCAUGAGACAGGAGAUCACUCGUGCAAACAAGGGCUGGGCUCUAGACCGUAUGGUGCUGUGCAACGAGGUGACCAAGUGGAUGAAGGAUGACAUCACCCAGCCGCCCUCUGAGGGGGUGUAUGUGUACGGCCUCUAUCUGGAGGGGGCGGGCUGGGACAGGAGGAACUGCAAACUCAUCGACUCUAAACCCAAAGUGUUGUUUGAGAUGAUGCCUGUAGUCAGGAUGUAUGCUGAAAAUAAUGGUGUCAAGGAUGCCCGGUUAUACUCCUGUCCCAUAUAUAAGAAGCCUGUAAGGAUGGACCUGAAUUACAUUGCUACUGUGGAACUGAAGACUGCUCCACCGCCUGAGUACUGGAUACUACGUGGUGUGGCGCUGCUGUGGUGA